CUAUAGAGUGUGGGUCUUUCCUUGCUGGCGGCUGGGAACAUGCCUCCUAAAGGCAAAGGAGGCAAAGGGGGAGCUAAGGGCGGCGGGAAAGGUGGUGCAGCCGGAGGUGAUGAAGCGGGUAAGAAAUCCCAAACUCCAAAAGGGGGAAAUGCGGUGAAGGUGAGACACAUUCUCUGCGAAAAACACAGUAAAGCCAUGGAGGCUAUGGAGAAGCUGAAAUCUGGCAUGAAGUUCAAUGAAGUGGCCACUCAGUACAGUGAGGACAAAGCCAGACAAGGAGGGGAUCUAGGCUGGAUGACCAGAGGUUCAAUGGUGGGACCUUUCCAAGAGGCUGCAUUUGCUUUGCCGAACAGCACAACAGACAAACCCGUCUACACGGAUCCUCCAGUCAAAACCAAGUUUGGCUAUCACAUUAUCAUGGUGGAAGGAAGAAAGUAACGCACGUUAAUGUUUACAGCCCAACUCAUAAAGUAAUUUACAUUGUUUACUGUAUGAGCUCCUCUUUUCUCUCUCUCUCUCCCUUUCCUCACCUCAAGGCUCUUGUUAUGACUCGUUGCCAGAAGCACGCGGGGAUCGACCUUUGCUCUCACGGUGGACAACAACAACUUGCAUUUAUAUAGUGCCCUCCACGCAGUGUAUCGUCUCAGAGCAGAACUGCUGAGAUUAGAAACUCCGCUGUUUAAUUUUCUAGGGAAUGCCACUCCCCACGCUCACUGCCUUUAAUAAAUAAAUUAACUUCAAGACACUAGAAAUGUAACAUCUUGGAAACCUUCACUUCAUUUCUCUGAGAUUAGAUGAAUAAGGAGUUUCCCUGGGGUGGUGUGGUGUGAACGUCACACCAUACAAGUACACUUUCCAUUCAUAUGGACUGCAGUAGUUUGGUUUGGAUACUCAUAAACAUGGUGAUGGGUUUCCACGGCUGUCUGUCUGAAAACACAACCGAGGCUAAGUACUGGGCUUUUUUUUGAUUGCUUUUGAUUUAUUCUGUUGAAAUAAAAAUGAAAUAGAAUUUGCAUUCCAGUGUUGCAAACUCCAAA